AUGAUGACCGCAGGCCGGUCAUCAUCACCCUGGACGUACAGCACCUCGAUCCUUCUGGCCCUAUGCACGACCGUUGUUUCUCAUGCGACAGCCCAGCCGUCCCCAACGGCCGCACAGACCGCGAUCCCGACCACAACCGUUGUGUCCACAUGUCUCGCGAAGAGUAGCUGGGAGGUAGAGGCAGAGCAGUUCAGCCUGCCACUGUGCUUGGAGACGCGCUGGGGACCCAACCAUGAUUCACAUAUUGCUCCAGCCUUGGGGACGAACGCGGUGAAUGAUGAUUCGAACAUUCGUUCGUCAUCUGUUCCGAGCGGGACACCAGAAAGAGCAGCGAGCAACACACCCGAGCAUACCGCAGACCCGGAACACGAUACAGAUUCACUCCUUGACGGAGCCAGUUUUCUUUCCUUUGAGGACUGGAAGAAACAGAAUCUUGCCAAGGUUGGACAAUCUGCCGAGAAUGUUGGAGGCAAACGACCUGCAGCAGCUGGCAAGGAUGAUCGCCGACAGCCAACCGGUAUCAAUAAUGCAUUAGACUCUUUGGGCGACGACUCUGAAAUCGAGUUGGACUUUGGCGGGUUCGGUGCUGAGACGCCCGAGGCCAGCCCGACUGCUUGGGGCACUCAUAUUCCGUCGCGGGAGGGACAAAGAGAGGGUGCAGGUGGCAGCGCAGAUAUGGAUGUUGGCGCACAUGGCGCGUUUCAGCGUGAUGCCUCGCGCCGUAAAGACGCUGGCACGACUUGCAAGGAGCGAUUCAAUUACGCUUCCUUUGACUGCGCCGCUACGGUACUGAAAACGAAUUCUGAGUGCAAGGGUUCAUCCUCUGUUCUGAUUGAGAACAAGGAUAGCUAUAUGCUGAAUGAAUGUCGAGCCCAGAACAAGUUCCUCAUUUUGGAGCUGUGCGAUGACAUCCUUGUUGAUACGGUCGUUCUGGCGAAUUACGAGUUCUUCAGCUCUAUCUUCCACACUUUCAGGGUCAGUGUUUCUGAUCGAUACCCAGCCAAGCCUGAUCAGUGGAAGGAACUCGGAGUGUACGAGGCACGAAACACUCGCGAGGUGCAAGCUUUCGCGGUUGAAAACUCGCUGAUCUGGGCUCGAUACCUUCGCAUUCAAUUCUUGACGCAUUAUGGUCAUGAAUUCUUCUGUCCCAUUAGCUUGAUCCGAGUUCAUGGAACUACCAUGAUGGAAGAGUACAAGCAUGGCGAGAGCUCUGACCGUGCCGAGAUCGAGGAGUUGGCGUCCAGUGAAGCCAUCAAGCUUGCUGGACAUUCAGAGCCUAAGCCAGCUGAGGUGCCUAUUGAUACGACCCCUCCUGCAGUAGAAACCAGUUCUACCAGUCCUACAGCUGGGCAAGUCUCCCCGACCUCUCCUUGGGAACCUGGUCUUUCUUUUGCUGCACUUUUUGAUAGCGAAAUUUGUAAAAUCAGUGAUGGACCACCCAUUAUCACUACAUCAACACCAGGCACUACUGCCCAAACCAACCCGCCACCAAAUGACCACACGGCUGCAGAAGCAGGUGCCGCCGCUCCUGUGACAAAGACCAGGCCACCUGCAGCUCCCAAAGGCGCAGAGGAAGUUCGAAAGCCUGGAGACGCUGCCAAAGGUACCGUGACUACUCCUGAUGCCUCCGCUGCGCCUUUGGAGCCUACCCAGCAGAACUCUACCACGGAGACCGCCGGCAAGGUUGCUGCGAACGUGAAAGAGGAACAUAACUAUCCCCAGGAGUCUACGCGACCUACAAACACACAACCCCCAUCUUCUAACCCGACCACCCAAGAAUCCUUUUUCAAGUCUGUCCACAAGCGGCUUCAGAUGCUUGAGUCAAACUCGACUCUGUCUCUACUCUACAUCGAAGAACAGUCCCGUAUCUUGCGCGAUGCGUUCAACAAAGUUGAGAAGCGACAGUUGACCAAGACGUCCACUUUCCUUGAAAACCUCAAUAUUACCGUCCUGAAUGAGUUGAAAGAAUUCCGCGAGCAAUAUGACCAUGUCUGGAAAUCCGUUGCUCUUGAGUUUGAGCACCAGCGCAUGCAAUAUCAUGGGGAAGUUCACUCCCUCAGUGCACAACUAGGCGUUCUCGCCGAUGAAUUAGUAUUCCAGAAGCGGGUGACUGUGAUCCAAAGCAUCAUGGUUCUUUGUUGCUUUGCUGUAGUCUUGUUUUCCCGUGGGUCGGUCAGCAACUACAUGGAAUUCCCAGGCGUCCAAAGAAUGGUGGCUCGGUCCUACAGUCUGCGAUCCUCGUCUCCCAUUUUCGCUUCGGCUUCCCCGUCCGCGAGCCCGGGGUCCACACGUCCAACCUCCUCAUACCGUCAAAAUGGGGGUCAUCGGAGGAAUCUUUCAGACUCUUCCGACCAAGAUAGUCCCGCAAGCCCGACGACGGCUUAUGCUCCCCUGACCCCAGCUUCCUCUUCCCCACGGGAGAUGGAAGCCGAGGAAGUCGUCAAGGCCGAGCCAGAACCACUUGAUCCCGACGAGACUAUGUCUGUGCCCACUCUGGGAAUCCCACACCCUCGUCCACACAGUACCCCUCCUGUGAUGAAUGGACAUCCUAUCGAGCUGAACCCCGAUACUGAUAUUGAUACCCCAGUCGAAGACAGUCCACGAUCGCACGAGUCUUGA